ACCAGUGAUGGGCACAUAUCCGUAUCGUGGGAUUUUUAAGCACUAGCUGACGUUUAAAACCUGAAGGAUCACUAGCGCCGUGAAGAGGAGUGGUGGACGUGCGCACUCCCGUUUCCUUCAGUUCCGUUUCCUCUCUGAUCGAAGCAAGUUGACAUUGGUUCAUUGGUUGACAAUUGACAGUCUUGACAUCUUCGCGAAAAUAAGAUGCGAGUGAAUUAAUUAUUCUAUGCAUUGUUCGGUUGAGUACGUUAAAACGAUAAGCAGAGGAGACCACGUACUGGAUGAGAGGCUUAAUGGAAAGAUGUUGAAGCAUAUUUUGUUCGUUGCCACAAUCAUAUUAAUAAGUUUGUCAGAAUCCGAGGCGCAAUACGAUGACAAACGAUGUAAAUGCAUUUGCCCGAGUCUUCUCUCCGUUAUAAAUACAACCCAGUCCUCGGAACGGAAAUCGUACAUUAUAAACGUGCCACCCUCUGAAUGUAAAUGCGAGAACGUUGUCUUGUCGAAAGUGGGUGAUCAGUUGAAAGGUAAAGAAGAGAUUUUUUGCUCGAGAUGCGAUUGCAAAUAUGAAAAUAGGAACACCACUAUUAUUAAAAUAGUGGUGAUACUUGUUAUUUGGGUCAUAUCUCUGUUAGUAAUUUACAUGUUAUUCUUGAUUUGCUUGGAUCCGUUACUAAAUAAGAGAAUUCAUAAAGCUUCGACAAAUAUUGGCUAUCAUGAACAUAAUAAUGAAGAGGACGAUUCCUCGACAGCUCCUGGUUCGUUUCAUCCUAUGGGUGAAAGGGGUAAUGUGCUAAAUCGUGUUGGUCAUCAACAAGACAAGUGGAAACGUCAGGUUCAGGAGCAGAGACGUAACAUUUACGAUAGACACACUAUGCUUAAUUGAAACUGUACAGUUCUGUUUCUUGAAAUAAUUAAAUAUUACGAUUAAGAAGAUCGUGACAUUUAUUUGACGGCAUUUACAGUUUUGUAUAUAAUUUUCUGGGAUUAUUUUAGGACUCGUUGAGUCAGAUAAUCAGGAGUACAUAAUUUCAAUAGUAAAUGUCGACAAAUCGGGCCACCAGAAUUAGUAUGUCAACGUUAUAUGUGUAACUAGUGAUUCCAAAAUUUUCUGAAACCAACGUAUCAAACAAUAAAGUAUUGAAAUGUGUUAUUUUUA